AUGAUCGAAAGAAAAAGAACUUUUCAAAAUGAUGACUUUAUGGAGAUUCACAGUAAACGUUUGUGCACUUCUUCACUUUCUGAUUCUCCCUCGAAGAUCUCAAUUACUUCAAGUGAUCCGACGCUGAAUGAAGUGAAUUCCCCACCACUUCCCGAAAUCGUUUUGACAUUCUCAGAGACGGGAAAUCAAAUGAUCGCAUCAACGAGUGAUUCUUCGCUUCCACCACAAGAUGAUAAACAUUUACAUGUUGAACAUUUAGUGGAUAUUGAGGGAAAUGAUAUGUGGAACGAUGGGCAAAAGGAGGGGAUUUAUGAUCGCGACUACGUGUUCCCGGACAAUUUCGAUCUUCUCCAAGAGAUGGACGUUGACUGUUAUAUCCCCGCUGAACACCAUCACUGGACGCAACAAGCCCCGCAUUCUCCAAAUGGUUUCAAUUUUGGUCUUGGCUUAAAUUUGAAUGCUGAUUUGCUUGAUGUAUACUGUAGUGAUUUG